CUUCCGAAAAAAAUGGUUAUCUCUUUGAACUCAUGCCUGAGCUUUAUCUGUUUCUCGUUAUGCCUCUGGAGCAGAACAGCAUCAUCCCUGAAUCUUGAAGACCCUAAUGUGUGCAGCCACUGGGAAAGCUACUCAGUGACUGUGCAAGAGUCAUACCCACAUCCCUUUGAUCAAAUCUACUACACCAGCUGCACUGACAUUCUGAACUGGUUUAAAUGCACACGGCACAGAAUCAGUUAUCGGACAGCCUAUCGGCAUGGGGAGAAGACUAUGUAUAGGCGCAAAUCCCAGUGUUGUCCUGGAUUUUAUGAAAGCAGGGAAAUGUGUGUCCCCCACUGUGCUGAUAAAUGUGUCCACGGUCGCUGCAUUGCUCCAAACACCUGUCAGUGUGAGCCUGGCUGGGGUGGGAUCAACUGCUCCAGUGCCUGUGAUGGUGAUCACUGGGGGCCCCACUGCAGCAGCCGGUGCCAGUGCAAAAAUGGGGCUCUGUGCAACCCCAUCACGGGGGCUUGCCACUGCGCAGCAGGCUUCCGGGGCUGGCGUUGCGAGGACCGCUGUGAGCAGGGCACCUACGGUAAUGACUGUCACCAGAGAUGCCAGUGUCAGAAUGGAGCCACCUGCGACCACAUCACGGGGGAAUGCCGCUGUCCACCAGGCUACACUGGAGCCUUCUGUGAGGAUCUUUGUCCCCCUGGCAAGCAUGGGCCACAGUGCGAGCAGAGAUGUCCCUGUCAAAAUGGAGGAGUCUGUCAUCACGUCACUGGAGAAUGCUCUUGUCCUGCUGGCUGGCUGGGCACAGUGUGUGGUCAGCCUUGCCCCGAGGGUCGCUUCGGAAAGAACUGUUCACAAGAAUGUCAGUGCCAUAAUGGAGGGACGUGUGAUGCUGCCACAGGCCAAUGUCAUUGCAGUCCAGGAUACUCAGGGGAACGGUGCCAGGACGAGUGUCCCGUUGGCACAUAUGGAGUUCGCUGUGCUGAGACCUGUCAGUGUGUCAACGGAGGGAAGUGCUAUCACGUGAGCGGCUCAUGCCUCUGCGAAGCAGGUUUUGUUGGUGAGCACUGUGAGGCACGCCUGUGUCCAGAAGGGCUCUACGGCAUCAAAUGUGACAAGUGGUGUCCCUGCCACCUGGACAACACUCAUAGCUGUCACCCCAUGUCUGGAGAGUGUGCCUGCAAGCCGGGCUGGUCGGGACUCUACUGCAAUGAGACGUGUUCUCCUGGAUUCUUCGGGGAAGCUUGCCAACAGAUCUGCAGCUGCCAAAACGGGGCUGACUGUGACAGUGUGACCGGGGAGUGCACCUGUGCCCCAGGAUUCAAAGGAAUUGACUGCUCUAUCCCGUGCCCGCUGGGAACCUAUGGAAUAAACUGCUCCUCUCUGUGUGGCUGUAAGAACGACGCUGUCUGCUCACCUGUAGAUGGGUCUUGUACUUGCAAGGCAGGCUGGCACGGGGUGGACUGCUCCAUCAGCUGCCCGAGCGGCACUUGGGGCUUUAGCUGUAACCUGACCUGCCAGUGCCUCAACGGGGGAGCCUGCAACACCCAAGAUGGGACCUGCACGUGCGCACCCGGGUGGCGCGGGGAGAAGUGUGAGCUCCCCUGCCAGGAUGGCACGUAUGGGCUGAACUGUGCGGAGCGCUGUGACUGUAGCCACGCCGAUGGCUGUCACCCCACGACGGGCCACUGCCGCUGCCUCCCGGGAUGGUCAGGUGUCCACUGUGACAGCGUGUGUGCUGAGGGGCGCUGGGGCCCCAACUGCUCUCUGCCCUGCUACUGUAAAAACGGAGCUUCGUGCUCCCCGGACGACGGCAUCUGUGAGUGUGCACCAGGGUUCCGAGGCACCACUUGUCAGAGAAUCUGCUCCCCUGGUUUCUAUGGGCAUCGCUGCAGCCAGACAUGCCCACAAUGUGUGCACAGCAGUGGGCCCUGCCACCACAUCACGGGCCUGUGUGACUGCCUACCUGGCUUCACAGGUGCCCUCUGCAAUGAAGUGUGUCCCAGUGGCAGAUUUGGGAAAAACUGUGCAGGAGUUUGUACCUGUACCAACAACGGAACCUGUAACCCCAUUGACCGAUCUUGUCAGUGUUACCCGGGCUGGAUCGGCAGUGACUGCUCUCAACCUUGUCCACCUGCUCACUGGGGCCCAAACUGCAUCCACACGUGCAACUGCCACAAUGGGGCUUUCUGCAGCGCCUACGACGGGGAAUGUAAAUGCACUCCUGGCUGGACGGGGCUCUACUGCACUCAGAGAUGUCCUCUGGGGUUUUAUGGAAAGGACUGUGCGUUGAUAUGUCAGUGUCAAAAUGGAGCUGACUGUGACCACAUCUCGGGGCAGUGCACCUGCCGCACUGGCUUCAUGGGGAAGCACUGCGAACAGAAGUGCCCUGCAGGAACGUAUGGCUAUGGCUGUCGCCAGAUAUGUGACUGUCUGAACAACUCCACCUGUGACCACAUCACCGGCACCUGUUACUGCAGCCCAGGCUGGAAGGGGGCACGAUGUGAUCAAGCCGGUGUCAUCAUAGUUGGAAAUCUCAACAGCUUGAGCAGGACCAGUACGGCUCUCCCGGCUGAUUCCUACCAGAUCGGCGCGAUCGUGGGCAUCAUCAUUCUUGUGCUGGUGGUUCUCUUCCUGCUGGCCUUGUUCAUUAUUUAUAGACAAAAGCAGAAGGGAAAGGAAUCGAGCAUGCCAGCAGUAACAUACACCCCUGCUCUGAGGGUCAUGAAUGCAGACUAUGCCAUUUCAGAAACCCUUCCCCACAGCAACGGGGGAAGUGCGAACAGCCAUUACUUCACCAACCCCAGUUAUCACACGCUCACCCAGUGUGCCACAUCCCCUCAUGUCAACAACAGGGGCAGGAUGACCAUCGCCAAGUCGAAGAACAAUCAGCUGUUUGCGAAUCUGAAAAAUGUGAAUCCUGGGAAGAGAGGCCCAGUGGCAGACUGCACGGGCACACUGCCGGCGGACUGGAAACAUGGUGGCUACCUCAACGAGCUUGGAGCUUUUGGACUUGACAGAAGUUAUAUGGGAAAAUCCUUGAAAGAUUUGGGCAAGAAUUCCGAAUAUAAUUCAAGUAACUGCUCUCUAAGCAGUUCUGAAAACCCAUAUGCCACUAUUAAAGACCCACCUGUACUUAUCCCGAAAAACUCAGAGUGUGGCUAUGUGGAGAUGAAGUCGCCAGCACGGAGAGAUUCCCCCUAUGCAGAGAUCAAUAACUCAACUUUAGCCAACAAGAAUGUCUAUGAAGUUGAACCUACAGUGAGUGUUGUCCAAGGAAUAUUCAGCAAUAAUGGGCAUCUCACCCAGGAUCCAUACGACCUCCCAAAGAACAGUCACAUCCCUUGCCAUUAUGACCUGCUGCCAGUCCGAGACAGUUCCUCCUCCCCCAAGCGAGAGGACGGUGGCAGCAGCAGCAGCAUCAGCAGCGAAUGA